UCAGCCGCAUCACGCUCCAGAAGGGCACAUCAGUACCUUCUUAGAUCCAGUCCUGUGUUGAGAGUUUAUUCAUUUAAUUUAUUUAGGAUGAAGCAUAUAAAGAAAGUUGAUAUUCCACUCUUCCUCACUUUAGUGCACGUCUGUCUGGCAACUGAGGCAGAUUAUGCCCCCUAUUUUUUCAAUAAUGGGCCCAGUGCUAAGAAUGGGAAUAUGGCAUUAUUCAGCCUUCCAGAAGACACAGCCAUUGGCACACAAGUAUAUAUUUUAAAUGGAACUGAUCCAGAAGGGGAUCCAGUGACUUUUGGCCUAGCCUUUGAACCAGGGUUCAAAAAUUACUUUAAAGUGGAUUCUCAGACUGGAAUUGUAACUUUAAUAGAAGAACUUGACAGAGAAAAGCAAGGUGAGGUGGAAGCUCUCGUCAGUAUUUCAGAUGGUCUGAAUAAGGUGGUUGAAAAAGUAAGAAUAUUAGUGACAGAUGCCAAUGAUGAAAGACCAGAGUUUGGCAACAUGUCUUUUAUUGUCAAUGUCUCUGAGGAUACACCGUCAGGAAGAAGUAUAUUUCAAACUCGGGCAGUGGAUCGAGACAAUGGUUCUGGAGGAAGUGUCACAUAUUAUCUACACAAUACCCAUAAUACCAAAUUUGACAUUGACAGACACAGUGGAGUGCUUCGCAUUAAACCGGGAGCAGCACUAGAUUAUGAAAAAUCAAGAAUGCAUUUUAUUACAGUGGUAGCCAAGGAUGGUGGUGGAGAAUUCAAGGGAAAAUAUCAGGUGCUGUCUUCUUCAGCUACUGUAACAAUCAAUGUGGUAGAUGUUCAGGACACUCCACCUUAUUUUGUUGGCGUGCCUUAUUAUGGAUAUGUGUAUGAGGACACAUUAUCAGGAUCGGAAGUCUUUACAGUAGUAGCCAAUGAUGGAGACUAUGGAAACCCUAAUGCUAUCCAUUAUUCCAUCGUCAGUGGAAGUGAUGAUUCAUUCAUUAUAAAUAACACAAGUGGAUCAAUAAUGGUUCUUGAUUAUCCGAUCCAUCUUAAGAAGGUGUUAUAUGAACUUAAAAUCCAGGCUUCAGAAGUAAGCCCAGAAGGUGAUGUGGUUGCGCAUGCAUUUUCAACCGUAACCAUUCGAGUUGUGGACUUGAACAACCACCCCCCAACGUUCUAUGGAGAAAAUGGCCCUCAGAGCAAGUUUGAACUAACCAUGUAUGAACAUCCACCUGAGGGAGAGAUACUGAGGGGGUUAAAAAUAACUGUCAAUGACUCUGAUCAGGGAGCCAAUGCUAAAUUCAGCCUCAGGCUGGUGGGUCCACGGGGCAUCUUCAGAGCUGUCCCACAAACAGUACUGAAUGAAGCACAAGUCACAAUAAUAGUGGAAAAUUCUGAAGCUAUAGACUAUGAGAAGUACCAGUCCUUAUCCUUCAAGCUUCUUGCUGUUGAAAUCGAUACUCCUGAAAAAUUCAGUUCAACUGCUGAUAUUGUUAUCCAUCUGCUGGAUACAAAUGACAACAUUCCCUGGUUUGCUAUAGACUAUUACAUCGCUAGAAUCCCAGAGAAUUCACCCGGUGGCUCCAAUGUGGUUUCUGUAACAGCUUCAGAUCCUGAUUCUGGGCUGUGGGGUGAGGUCAAAUAUUCCAUCUAUGGUCCUGGAUCAGAUCUGUUUCUUAUUCAUCCAUCAACAGGAAUCAUUUAUACCCAGCCAUGGGCAACACUAGACGCAGAGCUGAAAUCUAAGUACAAUUUUUAUGUGAAGGCAGAAGAUACAGAAGGGAAAUAUAGCUUGGCUGAGGUCUUUGUAACAGUUCUGGACGUGAAUGACCACUCUCCUGAGUUUAAUGAAAACAUCCUUGAGAAGACUAUGAUUAUUGGGGCACCAGUACAAGUAGAGGCAAUAGAUGACGAUGCAGAGGAGCCUAACAACAUUGUUGAAUACUCCAUAAUGCAAUCAGAUCCAGAUAAUAUUUUUGACAUAAACAUAGACACCGGAGAGAUCAAGCUGAAAUCUUACAUCAAGUCAAUGGACAUCGUUCAGAACAUUACAAAGCAAAAGGAUUGCAAGUGGUCGGUGGUGGUCCAGGCUAAAGACAGAGGCUCACCAUCCUUCAGCACCACUGCUGUGGUGAAGAUCGACAUCACAGAGGCGACUCAGCUCAAGGGGCCUAUGGCAGCCUUUUUAUUUCAAAGUAGGGAUAAUCACAUGAAAGCCAUAGGCAUGCUCGUUGGCGUCAGUUGCGUUAUGAUACUCAUAACAGUCUUGAUCUCCACUGCAAUCUUCAUGCGCAACGAAAACAAUAGGAUCAUGCCUGCCCGGCACAUCAUUAAAAAGAGACCCAAAGACUAUCGCUCAAAGAAGGUCAGGACCAGGUGGUUAAAAUUCAAACGCUCCAACAGCCCUUCCAAGAAGCUUGUCACUGAGGAUCCGGAGCAGAACAGGGAGUCUCUGAACUGCAACAACAACACGCUGCUGCCACCCCCUCUCCCUUGUGCUCCUGCCUUGCCCCCACUGCCCCUGUAUCUGCCCAAACAAAACAAGCCAGAGUGGAGCGUCUCUACAGUGUCAGGGUCUGUGGCAUCCAAAUCCAAGAGGCAGUCACGCGAAAACAAUGGUCCCAGUGUCAGCUCUGCACUGGUGUCUGAGCUCAAGAUGAAGCUGGAGAGAAAGAUGAUGGAGAGCAACAUUUCUCGCUAUUAAUCAUAACAUAUAUAUUAUUUCUCGCUAUUAAUCAUAACAUUAUAAUCCUGCACAUGGAGCACUUUGUGUGCAAGUGCAAAGAUUUUGCUGAUGUUGUCAGUCAAAUGCUUUCUUGAAAGGAACUAAAAUACAAUACGUAUAUUUAUUUAUUUUAAGGGCGUUUGCUCUAUUUCCUUAUUAAGAUUAACUGGCCUUAUGUUAACACAACACCUUUUCAGGACUGUCUCCAGGGAGACUGAUGUUGACUAAUGAAUUUAUUUAAGUUUUCAAAGAGGAAACUCUUGUUUUUUAGUACAGUGUAUAAUGCACACAUUAAGUAAUAGUUUGAAAACAUGCUAGGCAGCAGUUUCACUGUUGUUAAAAAUGAUUCAGAACUAUGAAAACAUUUUUUUUUUUUUUUUUAUGAAGGAGGA